AGGCAGCGGGUCACGGUGCGCCGGUUUCCACGUCAGUGUGAGGGAGCGGGGCCGGUGUCCCUGCCCGUGCCCCGCGGACCCCGCGCUCCGCGGCCUCGCCUCCGCCGCCGCCGGUAGGGAGGGGCGGACAGGGGGCGGGCCGAGCCCUCCCGCCCGUGGUGCCGCCCGCCCGGUUGUGUGAAGGGGCCGCCGCCGCAGGGAGCAGGCGCCGCCAUUUUGGAUGCGGGGAAUUGUCAGGAUGGUGGAUAAGAACAUUUACAUUGUACAAGGUGAAAUCAACGCAGUGGUGGGAGCCAUAAAGCGUAAUGCCCGAUGGAGCACUCACACACAUCUGGAUGAAGAAAGGGAUCCCCUGCUGCAUAGCUUUAGCCACCUAAAAGAAGUGCUGAAUAAUAUAACAGAGCUAUCUGAAAUUGAACCGAAUGUCUUUCUUCGGCCUUUUCUGGAAGUAAUCCGUUCUGAAGACACUACAGGCCCCAUAACUGGAUUGGCACUCACCUCUGUGAAUAAGUUCCUCUCAUAUGCACUAAUAGAUCCCAGCCAUGAGGGCACAGCAGAGGGGAUGGAGAACAUGGCAGAUGCUGUCACUCACGCUCGAUUUGUGGGCACAGAUCAUGCAAGCGAUGAGGUUGUCUUGAUGAAAAUCCUACAGGUGUUGAGGACGUUGCUGCUCACCCCAGUGGGAGCCCACCUCACCAAUGAGUCGGUGUGUGAGAUCAUGCAGUCCUGUUUCCGCAUAUGCUUCGAAAUGAGGCUCAGUGAGUUAUUGAGAAAAUCUGCAGAGCACACUCUGGUCGACAUGGUGCAGCUGCUCUUCACAAGGUUGCCUCAGUUUAAAGAAGAGCCUAAAAGCUACAUGGGAACGAACAUGAAGAAGGCUUACAGUAUCUUAUGGAAAAACAAACGAGUACAGUUGAAAAUGAGAGCUGGAGGAAUGAGUGAAUCAUCAAAAUGGAAAAAGCAGAAGAGAUCACCUAGGCCUCCUCGGCACAUAACUAAGGUCUCUCCUGGGACAGAGCCAUCAGCAGGCAAUGCUACAAACACUACAGCAAGCGGAGUUGCCUUCAUAGAUGGUCCUUCUCCCAGCUCCUCUGGGAGCUCAGAAAAUGUUUCCUCAGCAGUCAGCCCUGUUACAGACAGUGGGUUGGAGUUGUCCUCACAGACAACAUCCAAGGAAGACCUGACAGAUUUAGACCAAGUCACUUCUCUGGGACUUACUGCAGGAACACCUUCAAAUGAGGCCAAAGUCACUGAAAAUCAAAAUCAUCCUGAACUCCAGAAUGAAAAUCUGAGGGAGGAGAAGGUCCAGUCAGCUUCUGUCGAGUCUAUCCCUGAGGUCCUAGAGGAGUGCACAUCUGUAGCAGAACAUUCUGACUCUGCCUCAGUUCAUGACAUGGACUAUGUAAAUCCCCGGGGAGUACGUUUUACUCAGUCUUCCCAAAAAGAAGGAGCAGCUCUAGUCCCAUAUGGGUUGCCAUGUAUCAGAGAACUGUUCCGCUUCCUCAUCUCGCUCACCAACCCUCAUGACCGCCACAACUCGGAGGUGAUGAUCCACAUGGGGCUGCAGCUGCUGACUGUGGCCCUGGAGUCAGCGCCUAUCGCAAACUGCCAGGCCCUCCUGGGACUCGUGAAGGAGGAGUUGUGCCGGCACCUAUUUCAACUACUGAGUGUUGAACGGCUCAAUCUGUAUGCAGCCUCCCUCAGGGUGUGCUUUCUUCUCUUUGAGAGCAUGAGAGAACAUCUGAAGUUCCAGCUGGAGAUGUAUAUCAAGAAGCUGAUGGAGAUAAUCGCUGUGGAAAACCCAAAGAUGCCCUAUGAAAUGAAGGAGAUGGCUUUGGAAGCCAUUGUUCAGCUGUGGAGGAUUCCCAGUUUUGUGACUGAGCUGUACAUUAACUAUGACUGCGACUACUACUGUGCCAACCUCUUCGAGGAGCUCACCAAGCUGCUCUCCAAGAAUGCCUUUCCAGUUUCUGGACAGCUGUAUACUGUCCAUCUGCUGUCUCUGGAAGCAUUGCUGACAGUGAUAGAUAGCACUGAGGCACAUUGCCAGGCCAAAGUGCUGAGUAGCAUACAUCAACAAGAGAAGGAAGUUGUCAAACCCAGCCCAGAAACCAUCAACAGUACUAAAGAAGCAAGCAAUAAUAUUGAGAGGGUAUUCAGUGAGGGAAAAUCUUCCAGUGCAGCCUCAGAGCCAGCUGGGGCAUGUCCUCCCACCAGUGGGUGCCUUAUGGCUGACCAGAUGAAGGAGAGCUGCAUGGAGUUGGAAGGAGGAGGUGAAGCAGCUGAGAAGAGUAUCCCCAGGAUACCUACUCGAUUUUCUUGUAUCCUUCCAAGUCCUCAGGAGCUUAUGCAGAUUAAGAACAAAAAGAAGCUCCUGAUAACCGGCACAGAGCAGUUCAACCAAAAACCAAAGAAAGGGAUACAGUUUCUGCAGGAGAAAAACCUUCUUGCUACCCCCAUUGACAACAAUGAAGUGGCCAGGUGGUUACGGGAAAAUCCUCGCCUGGACAAAAAGAUGAUUGGGGAAUUUGUGAGUGACCGUAAGAACAUAGACUUGCUGGAAAGCUUUGUUGGGACUUUCAGCUUCCAAGGUUUAAGGCUGGAUGAAGCUUUACGACUUUAUCUUGAGGCCUUUAGAUUACCAGGAGAGGCACCUGUAAUUCAGAGACUGUUAGAAGCCUUCACAGAACAUUGGAGGAAAUCAAAUGGGUCUCCAUUUGCUAAUAGUGAUGCCUGCUUUGCCCUGGCCUAUGCAGUUAUUAUGCUGAACACUGAUCAGCACAACCACAAUGUCCGCAAGCAGAAUGUCCCAAUGACUCUGGAGGAGUUUCGGAAGAACCUGAAAGGUGUGAAUGGAGGCAAAGACUUUGAACAGGACAUCCUGGAAGACAUGUAUCAUGCCAUCAAAAAUGAUGAGAUAGUGAUGCCAGAAGAACAGACGGGUCUGGUGAAGGAAAACUAUAUCUGGAAUGUCCUGCUGCAUCGUGGUGCCACUGAUGAGGGAAUAUUUCUCCACGUGCCUCCUGGAAGCUAUGACCAUGACCUCUUCACCAUGACAUGGGGGCCCACCAUUGCAGCACUUUCUUAUGUUUUUGACAAGAGCUUAGAGGAAACAAUAAUUCAGAAGGCUAUCUCUGGUUUCAGGAAAUGUGCAAUGAUUUCUGCUCAUUAUGGCCUUAGUGAUGUGUUUGACAAUCUCAUAAUUUCUCUCUGCAAGUUUACAGCUCUCAGCAGUGAGUCUAUUGAGAACCUGCCCACUGUUUUUGGAAGUAAUCCCAAGGCCCAUAUUGCAGCAAAGACAGUGUUUCACUUGGCCCAUCGCCAUGGUGACAUUCUGCGAGAGGGCUGGAAAAACAUCAUGGAGGCCAUGCUACAGCUUUUCCGAGCAGAGCUGCUGCCCAAGGCCAUGGUGGAGGUUGAAGACUUUGUGGAUCCUAAUGGCAAAAUCUAUCUUCAGCGUGAGGAGACACCAUCCAACCGUGGUGAAUCAACAGUACUGAGUUUUGUUAGUUGGCUCACCCUCAGUGGGACAGAGCAAUCUGGUAUGAGAGGGCCAUCUACGGAAACACAGGAGGCAAAGCGAGCAGCUUUGGAAUGCAUAAAGCAAUGUGAUCCUGAGAAGCUGAUCACAGAAAGCAAAUUUCUCCAACUUGAAUCCCUCCAGGAGCUCAUGAAGGCUCUAAUCUCUGUGACUCCUGAUGAGGAGACAUAUGAUGAAGAAGAUGCAGCCUUCUGCUUGGAGAUGCUUCUGCGGAUUGUUCUAGAGAAUAGGGACCGUGUGACCUGUGUCUGGCAAACUGUCCGAGACCACCUUUAUCACCUCUGUAUCCAUGCAAUGGACUUCUGCUUCUUGGUGGAGAGGGCAGUGGUGGGGCUGCUGAGGCUGGCCAUUCGACUGCUCCGUCGAGAUGAGAUCAGUGCACAGGUUCUCCUCUCAUUACGUAUCUUACUUAUGAUGAAGCCAAAUGUGCUGUCCAGAGUUAGCCAUGAGGUUGCCUACGGCCUCCAUGAACUCCUGAAGACCAAUGCUGCCAACAUUCACUCCGGGGAUGACUGGUACACGCUCUUCACCCUCCUGGAGUGCAUCGGGUCUGGAGUGAAGCCACCCGCAGCCCUGCAGGUUACAGCAAGGGCAGAUAACGACACAGGUGCUCAAUCAGACAGCGAGGUGUCCUCCUCCUAUCACCCAAGUGACAUGAGCCUGGACCGUGGCUACACGUCUGACUCUGAGGUGUACACAGACCACGGGAAGCCAGGCAAGAUGCAUCGCUCGGUCACAGAUGUGGACGUCAUGAACAGUGGCUGGCUAGUGGUGGGGAAAGAUGACAUCGACAACUCUAGAUCCACUGCUGGGCUCAGCAGGCUGGGUCCAUCACCUCUUGUCAACCAGUACAGCCUGACGGUGGGGCUGGAUUUGGGCCCACAUGACACAAAGUCUCUCAUGAAAUGUGUGGAGUCCCUGUCCUUCAUCGUGCGAGAUGCUGCCCAUGUUACACCUGAGAACUUUGAACUCUGUGUCAAAACAAUACGUAUCUUCGUGGAGGCCAGCUUGAAUGGGGGCUACAAGUCCCAGGAGAAGAGGGGGAAGAGUCACAGGUAUGACAGUAAAUCCAGUCGGUUAAAAAAAAAGCCAAAAGACAGCUCCACACGGCGAUCCCGGGUCUUGAGCCAGCACCAGGCGCACACACACAGUGACGAGGACGAGGACGAGAGCAUCCCUGCCAGCUACCACACUGUGUCUUUACAGGUUAGUCAGGACCUCCUGGACCUCAUGCACACCUUGCACACGCGAGCAGCUGGCAUCUAUAGCUCCUGGGCAGAGGAGCAGCGACACCUGGAGACAGCAGCCAGGAAAAUCACAGCGGAUUCCCGAACACUGUGGUCCAACUGCUGGUGUCCUCUGCUACAGGGUAUUGCCUGGUUGUGCUGUGAUGCCCGACGCCAGAUCCGAAUGCAAGCACUCACUUACUUGCAGCGGGCCCUCCUGGUACAUGACCUGCAGGCCCUGGAUGCCCUGGAAUGGGAGUCCUGCUUCAACAAGGUGUUGUUUCCUCUGCUAACCAAGCUACUUGAGAACAUCAGCCCAGCUGAUGUUGGCGGGAUGGAAGAAACUAGGAUGAGAGCCUCAACACUACUCUCCAAGGUAUUCCUACAGCAUCUCUCCCCACUGCUCUCACUGACCACCUUUGCUGCCCUGUGGCUCACAAUCCUGGAUUUUAUGGACAAAUACAUGCAUGCUGGCUCCAGUGACUUACUGCUGGAGGCCAUUCCAGAGUCUCUGAAGAAUAUGCUGCUUGUAAUGGAUACGGCUGGAAUAUUCCACAGUGCCGACUCCCGGACAGGAUACUCAGAUCUCUGGGAGAUCACCUGGGAGCGCAUUGACUGUUUCUUACCUCGGCUGCGGGAUGAGCUCUUCAAACAGACAGUCAUCCAAGAUCCUGUCCCCAACAUACCAGUGGAGCAGCAGCAUCAGAAAACAAUAGUGUCUGCACUGCCCCCUUCUCCUGUGGGGGAUGUGAGACCAUCCACCCAUGUGGCUCCUUUGGAGAAGCCGUGUGAACCAGGUGUCAGUGAGUCUGAGAGAACCACUGCACCUGCCUCACCCACCAUCAGCACCUCUGCUUCUCCUUCCUUCCCAGCAUCAGCUUCAACAAAGUCAAGCCCCGUUACAGACAUACCUCCUACAACAGCACAGCCACCGCUCAUCCUGCAGCCUCUUGCCUCUCCCCUGCAGGUUGGGGUGCCACCUAUGACUCUUCCAAUCAUUCUCAACCCAGCCCUAAUUGAAGCCACCUCUCCUGUUCCCCUCUUAGCUACUCCACGGCCCACUGACCCUAUGACAAGCUCUGAAGUCAAUUAGUUGGAGCAUGUUGGAGAACUGUCUGCUGAGGAGACUGUGGGUGGAGGAUGCUGGCCAAAUGUUCUCUGGUAGUGGGCAUGUUUGUUUUAAAAGAUGAUGCUAACCUGAGCAGAAGGGCUGUUGCCGCAGUCCUCCGGAGCGUGUCCUGUCCUGCUCCCUUCUUGUGGCAUCACUUAGAAAUCUGCCCAAAAAUCCCUGUCUCCGUGGAGGAGUGCUCAGUUCCACUGACCAGUCUCCUUCUUGCCUUUGCAAUCUCAGGGGCCAGGCAAUGCCUGUGCCCAGCAGCCUGGGACCAAGCUGCCACCUGUUCAUCUGGUAAAGAGGAGGAACCUUUUGAUGUCACACCAGAGAGGGGCUGCAGUACAGGACUGCCUCUCAAGAUUACUCAGUCCAGUCUCUGGGCAAUUCCCCAGCCAUUCCCUAGCUUUCCUGCUGACUUUUCUGGUUGUACUGCUUUGUUUGGGAUCUGAGCACGCCUGGGUUCAGCAGGUAGAGAAUUUUAUUAGAAAUGUGGAUUGCUUACAGUGCAGCUCUCAGACUGCUGUGUAGGACUUCUUGCCUGCUGGUACAUGCUUUCCUUCCUGCAACACGGGUGACAGCAAUCCCUAAGCCAAAUAGAGAUUAAGUAGCAGGCAAGUCUGAUAGGGGCUUUCAGCCCUGCUCCUGUAAAUGUAAUCAGGCUUUCUGGUUGGAGAAGGCAAAUCCAGAAGGCUCUGCCUAGCUGAGUAGAUGAGAAGGAAAUGCUGAGAGCAGAGCUCCAUGGCCAUGUCUCACAUAGCACUUGUGGGGCAAUCAUGUGUUUUUUGCCACUCGCUAUACAUUGGUCUCUUGGUGACCAGCCCCUUCCUUAGGAGAACAUCCCCUUCACCUACAGAUGUGGGGAUCUGUGGCACUUGCUGACAGAUGCUCAGCAGGUCUGCAGUGGUUUCUCUUGAAAGCUCUAAAGAGAUUGCACCCUUCGUAUCUUCUUGUUGGGAUCCCAUGUCCUUCUACCCCAGAAGGCCCCUGCAGCUGAGGCUCUGGCAGUGAUUCUUGUGCUUUCAUCUUGCCGCAAGGACAUCCCGCUCUUUCCUCGCUCAUGCCCAGAGCAGAGCUGGCUGCCUGGCAAGUGCUGCAUCGCUCGUCCUCAUCCUCCCUCGACUAGUUGGCUAAAUUCUCAAUAAUUUCAAUCUUGGAAGUCACCCUGAUGACUGGGAGGGGUGUGGAUGGGACUCCAACCCAGUGUAUCCUGUAAGGAGAGGAACCUGCAGUUGGUGUGGGAAUACAACCAGUGUACAUACAGAAUAAAUGGCUAAAAUCCAAUGGACUUUUUACAGUGUAAUAAAUAAAUCCUGUAAAUGAA